UGCAGUCGUAUCAAGGGACGUUUUAUUGAAGAAAGUCAUAAACGUAGGAUAGUUCUGCAGAGAAAACCCAAUGUGCUUUACCCCAAACACCCGACUGCUUUCGGUCCCGCAAAUGAUACCAAUGUAAUACGUAGCGAGGCCGUAGACACGGCACUUUCAGUGGUGCCCAAUGAUACAAGUCAACAUCUUCAGGCCUCAGUCCCACCUAGUCGCCAGCUUGCUAAUUUCUGUGUUCUUCGCCAGCCAUCCUCCAUGUUUAUGACGUCUUCCGACCCUUUGACUUUUUCCUCUCCAGCUAAUUCCAUAUCUGCGAAUUCCUCUCUUGCUGCAUAUACCUCGAGGGAGGCGAGGACCAUGCAAGCCCAGAUAUUCGACAAGGGGCCAUCCACUACAGAGUCGAAGGCAGGUUUCCGCUUUAUGUUAAACCUUAAUUUUUAUACGUCUUUUUUAUAUUGGUACAAUCAUUCCAUAUGA